UAUGACAGCCCUUCAGAGACUUGAAUACAGUGUGUGACUCUCCUGUGAGUUAAGAGUGCUGGCUGAGUCAGACUGACCUGAGUGACAAGCCCAGCUUCAUUCCCUCUCAUCUGUGAAAGCCAAGAUUUGCUUGCACUUAAGCUUCUGCAAGACCCCUGACGUCAUCACAUUAGGGACUCCCUCCAUCCUGUCUUGUGGUCAUGGCAGAUAUGUCAAUACCUUUACAUUCACUGCAAUUCAACAAUAUGCUGAGGGAAGAAAAUGUGGACCCCCCAAACAUGGAGACAACCUUCUCUAGACCAAUGACGGAGAGCAGAGCGGAUGUCCAAAUUCUGCAUUCUCAUGUACAGUUGUCUGUAGUCUCACCUUCAGCCUCAGACCCUGGAGGAAUAUCCACACAGAUAUCCUCAGCCUUUGACACAAUGUCCUCACCUCUAACGGGAGUACCAACUGCUGGAGCAUCGUCCUCACCACCAAUGCCAACCUCAGACUCUAGACCACUGUCUCCACUGCUAAUGCCAGGCUUGGAUUCUGGAGCAUUGUCACCAUUGCUAAUGCCAACCUCGGAUUCUAGGCCACUGUCUCCAGCACUAAUGCCUGCCUCAGACACUGAAGCACUGUCCCCAUUGUUUUCCAUUUCAGACUAUGGGUUAAUGUCUCCAGGAAUGUCAACAAUUCCUGAUAUUGGGGCAAUAUCCACAGCACUAAUGUCCACAGAUUCUGCAGAGAUGUCAUCACUGGAAGUUACAGCUUCAUCAUCUGGAGAAAUGUCUACACCUAUAAUGAGCACCUCAUCCUCUGAAGCAAUGCCCACACCAUUAAUGCUUGCCCAAGAUCCUGGACAGAUAUACACACUCCCAAUUCCAGCUGUAAAUCCUGAAGUUAUAUCCACACAGUCAGCAACUCCAGAUGCUGAAGAAAUGUCCCCACUGCAAAUUACAGAUGAAGACACUGAAGCAAUGUCCAAAGUGUUAAUGACUGCCUUAGCCUCUGGAGAGCUAGCUUCACUGCUCAUGUCAGGCACAGACUCUGAAGCAAUAUCUUCACUGAUAAUGUCAGCCAUUGCUUCUGGAGCAACAUCAACCCAGUCAGCAGACACCCAAGACUCUGAGGCAAUGUCUAACCUACUCAUGUCAGGCUCAGACUCUGGAGUCAUGUCUUCAUUGCUAGCAUCAGCUUCAGGCUCUGAAACAAUGUUCCCAUCACUGCUGUCUAUCCCAGAUGCUGGAGAAAUGUCCACAUUACCAAAGCCAGCUCCAGACACUGAGGAAGCAUCCCUACUGCUAAUGACAGCCCUAACCUCUGCAGAAAUGCCCUCCCAACUGAUGCAAGCCCCAAGCUCUGGAGGGACAUCCCCACAGCUAAUACAAAAUCUAGACUCUGAAAUCAUGUCUACUCUGCCAGUGAGAACAACAGACCCUGCAGAGAUGUCCACACUGCCAGGGACAACUUCAGAUGCAGGAACAGAGUCCACACCAGCCUCCAGAAAUAUGUCCACAAUGCAAAAGAUAGUCCCAGCCUCUGGAACAAUGUCCACACCACUAAUGAUAGUCACAAGCUCUGAAGCGAUGUUCACUGAGAAAAUGUCAACCACAGUUUCUAGAGUGAUGUCAACACAGUCUAUGACUGAAACUUCUGGAACAAUGUCCACAGGUUUUAUGAAAGCCACAGCCAGUGGAGCAAUGUCCACACCACAAAUUAAAGCCUCAGAUUCUGGAGUGAUGGCCAUACAGCCAAUCGCAGCCACAAAAUCUGAAACAAGGUCUAUGCCUCAACCAAUAGUCACAGCCUUUGGGUCGGUGUCCACAGAGCAAACCAGAGCCCCUGGCUCUGGGGCAAUAUCCAUAUCACAAAUGAGAACCACAGCCUUAGGACUGACAUCUACACAACAAAUGACAGCCACGGCCUCUGAAGCAAUGUCCAUUCCACUAAUGACAGCCAAAGCCUCUGGGUCAACGUCCCCAUUGUUAAUGAGAGACACAGCUUUGGGAGUGAUGUCCGUGCCACAAAUGAGAGCUUCGGCUUCUGGAACAUUGUCCAAGCCACUAAUGAUAACCAAGCCUUCUGGAACAGUGUUUAUGCAGCAAAUGACAACUUCAGCUUCUAGAGAAAUGUCUUCAGUGUUAAUGAGGGACACAACGACUGGAGCUCUGUCCUUGCCACAAAUAACAGAUACAGCCUCAGAAGGGAUGUCCACACUGCUAAUGAGAGCCACAACCUCUGGAGAAAUGUCCACAUCACAAACAGCUGCCACAGCAUCUGGAGAUAUGUCCAUGCCUCUACUGAGAGCCCCAGGCUCUGGAGGAAUGUCUACAUCACUAAUGGCAGCCACAGACUCUGAGAAGAUGCCCAAUCAGCCAAUGAGCACCCAAGAUUCUGAAGAGAUAUCUGCAUCACUCACGAGAUCCAUGAACUCUGGAGGGAUACAGAUGAGAUCCUGUGCCUCUGGUUUGAUGCCCACACCACUAAUGGGAGCUCCAGACUCUGGAGAGUUGUCCACAUUGCUCACAGGAGUCUCAUCCUCUGGAGAGAGAUCUCUUCCCGUGAGAGUCCUGGCUCCUGCAGAAAUAUUGACACUUCCAAGAGUCCCAUCUUAUGAAACAAUAUCUGUUCCACAAGGGACAGCCACAGACUGUGGAAUGAUGUCCAUGCCACAGAUGAAAGCUUCAGUCUCUGGAGCAGUGUCCACACCAUUAAUGAGAUUUACAGCACCUGGAGGGAUGUUCUUGUCUCAAGUGACUUCCACAGCUUCUGGAGGGAUGUCUUUGCCACUAAUGAGAACCCCGGCCUCUAGAGUGAAGUCUACACCACAAAUGGUUUCUACAACUUCUGGAGACAUGCACAUUCUCCCAAUGCAAGUACCAUCCUCUGGAGUGAUACCACUGCCACAAGUCAGAGCACCAGCCUCCGGAGCUAUGUUCACACCACUAAGGAGCUCAGCAUCUGGAGCUGUGUCUGCAGAGUUAAUGAGAGCUCCAGCCUCUGGAAAGAUGCCUACUGCACAAACGACAGUCAUGGCCUCUGGAGGGAUGUCCAACCCAUUAAUGAGAACCGUGCCCUCUGGAACAAUGCCCAUGCCUUUGAUGUCAGCCAUUGCUUCUGGAGAGAUGUCUAAGCCACUAAUGAAAACCAUGGCCUCCGGAGCAAUGCCAACACUGCAAACCGAUGUCAUAAGCUCUAGAUCUAUGUCCUUGCAACAAAGGAUGAACAGAGCUUCUGGAGGAAUAGCUAAGUCACCAAGGACAGUAUCAGAUUCUGGAACAAUGUCUACACCACAAAUAAGAUCCACAACCUCUAGAGGUACAUCCAUGCCACAAAUGGCAUUGGGAGUGACACCUACAUCACUCAUGAGGGCCUCAGCCCCUGGAACAAUGACCACACCACAAACAGCCUUUGGAAUGAUGUCCACUCUGAAAAUCAAAGCCACAGACUCUGGUGAGGCAUCUACCUCACAUAUUAACGUCACAUCCUCUGGAAUGAGGGCAAAACCAUGCAUGACGGCCAGAACCCCUGAAACAACAAACCCACCACCAAAGGAAGGGUCAUCCUUUGGAAUGUUGACUCCAGAACUUUGUUACCUCUUAGAGGAGCAGGAAGCAGUUCGAGGUUCACGCUCAAUGGAGGAGGAGAUUGAGAUUGAUGAGGAGAAGCAAAUGAGGGCGUUUUUGAACGAUUCAGAGAAAAUGGCAUUUCUGGUGUCUCUUCAUCUGGGUGCAGCAGAGAGGUGGUCCAUCUUGCAGAUGGAGGUGGGAAAUUCCCUCUCUGAUGAAAAUAAAUCAUUCAUGAGCAGAGCACAAGGCUUGUACGACUCCUUAUCUGAGACAGACAUCCUCAGCGCUGCUCUUUGCCAUCCCAAGCAGGGCCAGAAGUCAGUCAGGCAGUAUGCCACUGACUUCCUGCUGCUGGCCCGGCAUUUGUCUUGGUCUGAUGCCAUUCUACAGGCCAGGUUUCUGGAAGGACUUUCAGAAGCUAUUACCACCAAAAUGGCUCAGGUCUUCCUGAAGGUGGCUGGUAGCCUAAAAGAACUGAUAGACAGAUCUCUCUACAUAGAGAGCCAGCUGGCAGAGGAAAAAGACUCCUUGAGCAAAUCAAGCCAGAUUCUGCCAACAGCCUGUAAGCGGACUAAUGAAGAGGCCAUGGAGAAUGAACUGAGCUGUCAGCAGCAGACUGAGGAGUACCAACAUGCUCCUAAACGCUGUUACUACCUGAAAGAGCAUGGAGAUCCCCGAACGGAUCUUCACACCCACCUUCGACAGAGCACAGACCAUCAGAAGCCCUCCACCAACGAGUAAUGCUCCCUGGACUCCUAUGAUAUCGGAACUGACUGCUAAUUUGAGGACUGGUUCCUGGACCCAUACCAUUUAACUGCAUCAUCAACUUCAUUGGCCUUACCCUCCAGCCUUCCCAUCCAGGCACAUCCCACCUUAUCUCCCACUUGGCUACCUCUAUCUUGUCUGUCAUGCACAUGCCUGUGUCCUGCUUCAACAAUGAGAGGGUAAACUGUAUGAGUGUAUGGGGUAUGAAGUUCUGAAUUCCCAUCAUCAUCAAAGCCAAUCCUAGUUGUUGGUCCAGGAAGCAGUCUAAGCAGGAGAAAUCAUUUCCUACCUCAGAAACACUUGCCAUGUGUCUUGCCAUGCAUCAUCAGGCAAACUUAAGAAAACCCUGAUCUCACUCCACCUGGAAGGAGAGCCUACAAAGAGAGAGAUAUCCACUCCUAUUCCACCUAUUAAAACCAGUAGACCUACUCCUAUGUGCCCCCCCUCACAGCACCUAAAAUGUGUCUCCAGGGCCUUUGCCCUAUUUGUAGUCUCCACCUUGAAUCAUUUGUUUUGACCAAUAAUAAUAACAAUAAUAGUGAUAGUAAUAGCUAACACUUAUUGCUAAUGUAUCAUGUGACAGGUGCUUGGCUAAAGUCCUGACAAGCACCAUUUCAUUACACUGUUACAGUGACCUAACUUGUUCCUGUGUUGUUAGCUUCUGAUCUCUUGAUGGAUUGUUUAUGGCCCUUGUCUUGUCCUUCAGUGCGGAAUCUCUAGCUCUGAUCUCUGGGUAAUGCCUCAGCUGUUAAUUACUCUCACUCCUUUGGCUGUUGUGCUUUGUGGCCAUCACUCUUGAUAAUGGUCUUGGUCUCUAAGCAGGCAUAGAUAGGUAGAGCAUAAUAUGCUCAUUGCUCAAUAUUUACUUUCAGGUGGUGGAAUUAUGGGUAUUUUUUAUUUUCUUUCUACUUCUCUAUGCUUUCUAGUUUCUCUA